AUGACUGCUACAGGAGAACCUGAAAAUGAAGCAAAAUUUAUUUAUCCAGAUAAUGGAUCAAUACAACUUGGACAAUACUGGAUGAAUAAUGGUAUCCGUUUUGGUAAACUCAAAAUUACGAACAGUACCAAGGAUUGCUCUUCAAACAUACUUCUCAAUUCAAUGCAUAAAUAUUGUCCUAUUCUAUACAUUUACAAAGUUUAUGCAACACCAGCAUUAUGUUUGGAUGGUUCUACGAUUUUAACCAAUCAAUAUCAAUUGAUGAAAAAUUUUACCGAUCAAAUUAUGGAAUUCAUAGCUGUUACAGCAUAUCAAAAUCAACGAAUUAUCGAAAUGAAAAAAAUACAUAAUAGCUAUGCUCGUGGACAACGUGGUACAAUCAAAUCUAGGAGUAAUGAUAAUCUUACAACUAUAAGUUAG